AUGGGGAGAAGAACUUACAUUAGGCGCCACGAGCUCUUCCCCAGGGUGAAGGGUGCCGCCAGCCAGCGCACAUCCCGAGAUGGGGUCGACAAGCGCCACCAGCGCUGGGAGUGGGGACUCCUUGGGCUGCAGCUCCACAGGCGAGGUGGCGGCGGCGCGGUGAUCCGCCAUUCCAAUCAGCCCUUUCCCCUUCAGCUGUGGUGUGAGAGGGUGAAUCCGGAAAACAAGGCAGCUUUGGAGGCAUGGGUCAGGGAGACGGGCAUCCGCCUGGUGCAGGUGAACGGGCAGAGGAAGUAUGGCGGGCCACCCCCAGGCUGGGUGGGCAGCCCGCCGCCGGCCGGCUCAGAGGUGUUUAUCGGGCGGCUGCCCCAAGACGUGUACGAGCACCAGCUGAUCCCACUGUUCCAGCGCGUGGGCCGGCUCUACGAGUUCCGCCUGAUGAUGACUUUCAGCGGCCUAAACCGUGGCUUCGCCUACGCCCGCUACAGUUCGCGGCGCGGCGCCCAGGCCGCCAUCGCCACGCUGCACAACCACCCGCUGCGGCCCUCCUGCCCGCUGCUCGUGUGCCGCAGUACUGAGAAGUGCGAGCUGAGUGUGGACGGGCUGCCUCCGGGGCUGAGUCGCCGCGCGUUGCUGCUCGCGCUGCAGCCCCUGGGUCCCGGCCUGCAGGAGGCGCUGCUGAUGCCCAGCCCUGGGCCAGCGCCCGCGCAAAUUGCACUGCUGAAGUUCAACUCGCACCGCGCCGCCGCCAUGGCCAAAAAAGCCCUAGUGGAAGGGCAAUCACGCCUCUGUGGAGAGCAGGUGGCCGUGGAGUGGCUCAAGCCAGAUCUGAAGCAGCGACUCCGCCAGCAGCUGGUGGGCCCCUCCCUGCAGUGCCUACAGCCAGAGGGCAGUCGGUUGGCCCUGGCCAGGGACAAGCUAGAGUCCCAAGGGGCUCAGGGUGCCCUGCAGCUGUUGUGCCAGCGGAUGAAGCUGGGCAGCCCUGUGUUCCUCACCAAGUGUUUGGGCAUGGGCCCUGCUGGCUGGCACCGCUUCUGGUACCAGGUGGUGAUCCCUGGGCAUCCAGUGCCCUUCAGUGGCCUCAUCUGGGUUGUGCUGGCCCCAGAUGUGCAGAAUGGGCAUGAGAUGGCUAAGGAUGCUGUGUCUGCAAGGUUGCUAGAGGCACUGAGUGCCUCUAGAGCCAGUCUUAAACCGACUGGUGGGGCUGAGGCAGGUACCGUGGUUAAGCAGUGACCAUGUCCUCUUCACAGGCAGCCCAAACGAGUUGACAGAGCCUGCGUCAGUCCCCAGCCCAGCAGGCCUGGGCAGCCACCAUCAGAUUUCAAAGGGGGAAGAAGAUGGGCUCUGCCCUACCUCUGACACAGCCUCCCCUUUGGGGCAGGGCCCCAGUACACCUGGGACAGCUCUGGUUUGGCUAAGUUGUGGUGAGGGACCUUGCCAUGCCCCUCCCAGCCCAGGGACUAACCUUGGCCCUUUGGUAUUCCUUGGCCGUUCUGUGUGAUACAUACACAAACCUUCCUCCUCCUCCCACAGCUUAAUAUGAAUCUCACUUCUUAUUUUGUUGAUUUGUCAUUUUUGUUGAUUUUAUUUGGGGGCUGGCUGAGCCAAAGGUUCAGAAAUCUGCUUUCUGUCCCCAGUACUUUACAUUCUGGUGUAUGUGUGAUGUUGGGUUUUUCUAUGCUGGUUGUAUUUAUAUUAAACCCCUGGUUGGUGUA